AUGACAGAGUUUCUUAGAGAUAAACAUAUUCAAUAUGUGAAGGAUCUUGAUUCCAAGAUUACCCAGAAAUCUUACGAAUAUUGGCUUCUGGAGCAUCUCCGUAUGAAUGGGUUAUAUUGGGGUGUGGUAGUAUUGGUCACGUUAGAUGUGCUAGAGGAGACUUUGCCCAAGAAAGAUGUCUUUACAUACAUAGAAUCAUGCUGGGACCUGACGCAAGGAGGUUACGGUUCAUUCCCGGGGCAUGAUGCCCAUAUUUUGUCUACACUUUCGGCAAUUCAAAUCCAGGCUAUUUAUCAAAAGGAAGUGGAGGAGUUGGACUUCCCUCAUAAGAACGAAGUAGUCCUGUACAUAAAGGGACUUCAAAGGGAAAAUGGGUCCUUCCAAGGUGACACAUUCGGAGAAAUAGACACGAGAUUUACCUAUACUGCUAUCAAUGCAUUGUCCAUAUUGGGCGAGCUAGAUACAGAACUAGUUAGUAAGGGCGUUGAUUUCAUAAUGAAAUGUGAAAACUUUGACGGAGGAUUCGGAAUGGUUCCAGGCGCUGAAAGUCAUGCAGCGCAGGUAUUCGUAUGUGUUGCAACGCUCUCCAUUACCUCAAGCUUACACUUGAUAAAAAAUAAAGAAAUAUUAUGCGAAUGGCUUAGUGAGCGACAAGUGUUACCCUCAGGGGGUCUUAAUGGUAGGCCCGAAAAAUUGCCCGAUGUUUGUUACAGUUGGUGGGUUUUAUCCUCAUUGUCCAUUUUGGACAAAUUAUCGUGGAUCGACGACAAGAAAUUGAAAGAGUACAUAUUGGGUUGUCAAGAUGAACUCGGUGGAGGAUUCUGCGACAGACCUGGUAACCAAACCGACGUUUUCCAUACGUGCUUUGGAAUUGCAGGUUUAAGUUUGUUGGAAUCACUAGAACAAGAUUCCGCCGGUGGUCCUGUACUUAAUCCGGUAGAUCCAACAUAUUGCAUGCCAUACUCAACUACCAAAAAGUUUAGGAAAUGGCCAUAUGAUAAGAAAUAA